CAGUUCCCUGCGCCGCGCGCCGCUAUAGAGCUGCAGAGCUGCGCCGGGCGCACAGAAAAGCGCCACCGCAGCCGACUGAGCACUUCCUUAAACCCAACUUGACUUCUAUAGAUACUUUUGUAAGCCGGUCCUCCGCCUUCAGCCGCGGCUCAAACUUAACACUCGCGGCACACGAGGCACUUUGCGGCGAAGAGUGUCCAUGUGCAGACCUGCCUAUGAAAGGCUGAUACACAGAAGCUCCCCGACCUGCCAGACCUGCUCGGUCACUUCUUCCACUAAACCACAUCUCCAGCGUGAGUGUUCAACAUGGCGCCCUUCCUCCGUAUCGCCUUCAAUACAUAUGACAUGGGAGCUCUGACUCCCACGAGUGAGAUUCCCAUCUGUGCCAUCAAGCUGAAGGAGUCUGUCAACACAGAGCGAGGCAAGACAUUGGUGCAGAGGAAGCCCACCUUGUUCCCAGCCUGGAAGUCUUCGUUCGAUGCUCACAUCAAUGAGGGACGCGUCCUAGAAGUGGUCCUCAUGAUGAGCACAGAGGAGCCCUUGGCCAAAGCCACGAUGGGCGUGGCUGCCCUGGCGGAACGCUGUAAAAGGUCCAAAAACAGCGGACGUAUCGAGUUCUGGAUGGACCUGCAACCGUCAGGAAAGGUCCAGAUGGCUGCACAGUACUUCCUUGAAGAUGUCGAUGCAGGCCCGUCUAAGCCAUCCAUGAAGGUUUCUCUAGAGGAUGGAGCCACGACUCUGAACAGGAGGAGAGGCGCAGUCAAGCAGCCCCGGGUUCACGUGAUUAAGAACCAUGAAUUCAUAGCCACCUUCUUUGGCCAGCCCACCUUCUGCUCUGUGUGCAGAGACUUCGUCUGGGGACUCAACAAGCAAGGUUACAAGUGCAAACAAUGCAACGCAGCAAUCCAUAAGAGAUGCAUCGAAAUGAUUAUUGGCAGGUGCACUGGAACAGCAACCAACAGUCGUGACACCAUGUUCCAGAAAGAGCGCUUUAAAAUUGACAUGCCGCAUCGCUUCAAGUACUAUAACUACAAAAGCCCCACGUUCUGCGACCACUGUGGCAGUCUGCUGUGGGGUCUCUAUAAACAGGGCCUCAAAUGUGAAGACUGUGCCAUGAACGUUCAUAGUUACUGUCAGAAUAAAGUGGCCAAUCUGUGCGGAAUCAACCAGAAACUCCUGGCAGAAGCUCUGGGUCAAAUCUCUCAGAAACCUUCAAAGAAAAAUGAUAAAUCAAAUUCACCAGAUGUUGGCGUUUACCAGGACAUUCAAAGUGCAACAGUGGACCCUAGUGCAGACAGACCUAAGAAGGGUGUGACCCCUCCCCCAGCAACCCCAGUUUCCAGGAAACACCUCACCAUGAACCACCUGGUGUUCCACAAAGUGCUGGGCAAGGGCAGCUUUGGCAAGGUGCUGCUGGCGGAACUGAAGGGCCAGGGUCAGUUCUUUGCUGUGAAGGUUCUGAAGAAAGACGUGGUUCUCAUGGACGACGACGUGGAGUGCACCAUGGUGGAGAAGAGAGUGCUGUCUCUGGCUUGGGAGAACCCCUUCCUCACACACCUCUACUCCACCUUCCAGUCAAAGGAGCAUCUCUUCUUUGUAAUGGAAUACCUGAAUGGAGGCGACUUGAUGUUCCACAUCCAAGACAAAGGCCGCUUCGAUCUCAACAGAGCCAUAUUUUACUCGGCUGAGAUAAUUGUGGGACUGCAGUUCCUUCACUCAAAAGGAAUCAUCUACAGAGACCUUAAACUGGACAAUGUCAUGCUGGACAAGGACGGACACAUAAAGAUUGCCGACUUUGGCAUGUGUAAAGAGAACGUGUUUGGAGACAACAAAGGCUCCACGUUCUGCGGAACGCCAGAUUACAUUGCGCCAGAGAUCCUUCUUGGACAGAAGUACACCUUCUCUGUGGACUGGUGGUCCUUUGGUGUGCUGGUGUACGAGAUGCUCAUUGGCCAGUCCCCUUUCCAAGGCGACGAUGAGGACGAACUGUUUGAAUCCAUCAGGACGGACGUUCCUCACUACCCUCGGUGGAUUACGAAGGAAUCCAAGACCCUGCUGGAACAGCUGUUUGAGCGGGAUCCCACUCGCAGACUGGGUGUAGUGGGAAACAUCCGCACACAGGCCUUCUUUAAAACCGUCAACUGGCCUGCGCUGGAGAAGAGAGAAGUGGAGCCUCCUUUCAAACCUAAAGUGAAAUCUGCCAGCGACUGCAGCAACUUUGACCGGGAGUUCCUGAACGAGAAGCCUCGUCUCUCCCACGCAGACAAAAACCUCAUUGACUCCAUGGACCAGUCAGCAUUUGCCGGGUUUUCCUUCGUCAACCCGAGACUGGAACACAUGAUAAGCAAAUAAAAAGACAAAAUGGCUGCCCCUGAGAACACUGUCUCAACAAAGCACUCCAAAGUAGGCUCUUAUCCUAUUUCCUUUAUCUUCAUGGAGUCUGUUCAACCGGAUGGAUGACUUGAAUGAAAAAAGAUUUGGGACAGAGGAUGAAUUUUUUUAGUUUCACUAUACGAGGAUAAGAUAACAUGAUGGCAGGCAUCUAAAGCAAUAAUCCCGUGUGAGCUGUCAGACUCUAUAAGUGUAAAUAAAUUGGCAUAAAGCUCCAGGAUAUGAAGGGAGAGUCUUAAGGAACCAGUGUUACUGUAAUCGACAUCAGUGAUUCAUUCAGUCUCUUCAUCUGGCAGAUUUCAUCUUCUGAAUCAUUUUGUGUAAUGUACGUGUAAAUUUUAAUUUGUGGACUCAAUAUGACAGUUAUUUACUUACACAAACAUGUAUCCUUAACGUCACACACGUCCAAGGAGUUUAUUAUUGGUGCAUGAAACUGAGGGUGUUUACAGGUAUUUUCUCUGAUGAAAACGGUGCUACUUAAUCCUUAAUUAAUUUAGGUAUUAGACAGAUUUUAAAUUUAAUGGUGGGACAACUUUGAACCCAUCUAAACUGGAGUAGGGUAACUGUAGACCUGAUUUGCUUUCUGCGCUGUCAUGAGAAAACACAAAUUUCUACAUGGUAGUCCUCCUGUCUGUGAUCUGCCUCUGGUGCCCUCACUCAUGCUCUACAUCGACUAAAGUAUAAUGCAAACAAUCAUUCUUUAAAUAAUAUCAAUUUCUAGGUUAUCACUUACUGGAAUGUUCAGCAGCAAUGGUGUGGUACGUGUGUGUGUGUGUGUGUGUGUGUGUGUGUGUGUGUGUGUGUGUGUGUGUGUGUGUGUGUGUGUGUGUGUGUGUGUGUGUAUAUAUAUAUAUAUAUAUAUAUAUAUCUGUUAGUAUUUAGUAUUGAAGGAUGCUGUUUCGGAUGGACAUUUUAUUGUCAAAUGUGCUCUAUUACUUGAAUGUAGGAUUUUUUUACAUAGGAAAAAAUAUAAUGGUGUGUGUAUAUAAAAAUUGUAUGUAAACAAGCUGUAUGGGUGUUUUUUUUACUGUCCAUCUUUUACAUCUAAUUAUAAAUAAAUAUAUAAUGAACUUAAA